GUCACAUUGCAGUUGUGUUGUGAUGUUCGCGGUCGGAUGGGAGGCGCGGGAUGGACGCGCGGCGAGGCGCGCGUAGCCGACGAUUCCGAUUUUGAGACAUUAAAAACCUUGCUGGCAUCCGAGGACGGCUGGACAUUGGAAUACGAGAAGGAAGGCGUCAAGGUCUGGGCAGAGGACGCUGCACACGGCGCUCUAAGAACUGUUAAGGUGGUCGCAGAGUUCGACGAUGUGGAACCUGAUGCCCUGUACGACGUGCUUCACGACCCGGAGUAUCGGUCCGUGUGGGACACGCACAUGCUCGCCGCGGAGGACGCGGGACACAUUAAUGUCAACAAUGACGUUGGAUACUAUGCCAUGUCGUGCCCAGCGCCUCUCAAGAACCGUGAUUUCGUACUGCAACGCUCGUGGUUGGACACAGGAGACGAGAAGAUGAUCCUAAAUCACUCGGUCUACCACAAAGACUUUCCGCCGAGGAAGGGGUUCGUCAGGGCAUUGUCUCUUUUAACUGGUUUCGUGGUGCGUACACGGGCCAGCGGUGGGAGCUGGCUGGGCUAUGUCUCUCGGUCGGACCCACGGGGGGCGUUGCCAGCAUGGUUGGUUAACAGGGUGACAGCUCAGUUGGCUCCGCGUCUAGUGCACCAGCUCCAUGCUGCAGCCCGGCGGUACCCUGGCUGGAAGGCGCUGACAGAUCUACCCUACCACAAACCCUGGAGACACCCCGAGCAAGUACCCUCAUACAGGAUUUCACUUGCCGAUUGCAUAGAUCCUGAUGCACCACCUCCUCCAGAAGAGCCGAAACCUGACACUUCUAAAACAAAACUAGUGGUGCCCCAAACUAGAGAAAUAGAAAGUCACAGUGUUGAAGACCUAGGAGACAUAUCAUCAGAAUUCAGCGUAGAAGUAGAAGAGGAAGUUCCAGAUUUAACCCAAGACCCUACAAAAAAGAAGGGAAAGUUCUAUAAGCUCGUUAAGUCUAUGAAAAAUAGAAGAAAAAGCGUACAAGUUGCCAAGAGUGCUGAUAAUCUUGUUGACGGUAAACCCCUAGAAGAUAAACAGGAAAAGAAGAAAACAUUCAAAUUUCAUCGUAGAUUUAGUUUGAGUAGAGGCAGGGAAGAUUGAUAGAAUUGACUUUUAUUGUAUGAGGACUUAAUGGAUCUCUAGGGACAUAAAUUGUUUAUAAAUAAAAAAAAUAGUUCAUUAUUUUUUUUUUAUUUGUUUGGUUAAAAAUUUUGAUAUUUAAAAAAGUUAUCUUUGUCGUUUGUUUUGUCCCAAAACAGGAUUUAUAUUACACAGAAUCAAGUACUAAAUAUAGUCUAUCUAUACAUUCGGUAUAUCAGGAUUGACAGACAAGAUCUCUGAGCAAGCAACGUACUCGUAUACUGAAUUUUAUAUAGUGCUUUUAUUCAAAGAGUUGCUAAGUAGAUGAAAAUUUAAAUCGACUCACAAAUCGCAAAUGAAAUUACUAGUGUUUGAUUAAAAUGUACUGGACAUGUGUAAGUACCUUAAUAAUCAGGAAAAGAAUAUUAAAUAUUGAAAUAUUUUGUUUAAAUAAAUAACAAAUACAAUUAAUAAUAUUAUUACAAAUUACAAUCUUUCAUCGUGCUGCAUGCAACUCUGGAUAGCUGUGGUUAUAUUCGGCGUGAAGUAGCUGCCAGCUAUCGGGUUAUUCUUUUUUUUAAUGUGUGAUAAUGGAAUGGUAGCCCCGCCUGCGCUAUCGGUAUACGCUGGCGGGGCACCAGUGACGGAUGAUAGGUGACGAUGAAAAAGCAGGUCAGUUAGCCAAUCGUGACCAAUUCCACUAGAAUUAAUCACGAUAGUUUCCAAGGGGAAUCGCGUGGAGUUCGACCUGAUAAGGUGUAUUGCUAGUUAUAGGGAAAUCAGACCCCAUUACUAACAAUCCCAUUCCCCCCACCUAUCGGGUUAUUGAUAUCAUUAAUUAGGUGCUCUAUUGUCCCCAUAAAUUAUCAACAUCAUCUCUGGCAAAGGAUAAUCAAUAGGAUUCCUCCAGAUUCGAGUAUCUGGGUCUUCAAUUAAUUUUUCUAAUGAACGGUCUCUGAAAUAACAUUUCACAAAAUUUUUUCUUUUUUUUUAAAUUUUAUUCGUAGGUUCGUAGACUUUUAGUUUUGUUUUGAAAUCGUUAUUUUUAACAUGAUAGGUUUCGCAAACCAAUAAGUAAAACUGAUGGAACGUGAUGUCAACUGUACGACUUCAGUCAAUCAGGAUGAAUUGUUUAUGACGCCUGCAAAAAAAUAUCGCCUUUGGACCAUCUGAUAUUAUGUACAUAUUUUAUAUUUGUAGAAACUCCAUCAAUUCGUAUAUCGAAUUAAAAAUGUAAAUCUUAGUACUUAUUUUUUUUUUAAUAUUUGGGACAUAUCGUAAAUAAACGCACAAAUACGUUUAUUAAAGCUUGAUUAUAAACGACUAUCACUUUUGAGAUUUUUAACAACGUUUAGCGUUUCAGAUUUAACAUUAUCAGGUAUUUGCGGUAUAAAUCAUUUUUAGUGUUAAAAUAAUAUGUAAAACCUGGUAAAACAUGAGAAAGUUAU